AUGCUUUCCAAGGUUGCAUUCAUCAACGCGCUCAUCAGCGCUGUGUCCGCUGGCACAACCCUUUGGGAUGGACGCUUCAACGACAUGACUUCCUCUGCGGAUCUUGAGAAAUGGUCAUUCUCUAACCCCGUCGGCGCUUACCAGUACUACAUUCACGGUUCCGGCGCUGUCACUGACUACGUCAAUCUCGACGCGACCUACAAGAACCCCGCCGACACCGGCUCAAAGCAAGGUGUCAAGAUCACCAUCGACGAGACAGCCAAGUGGAACGGUCAGACCAUGCUGAGGACUGAGCUCAUUCCCCAGACCACCGCCGCCAUUAACAAGGGCAAGGUCUACUACCACUUCUCAAUCAAGACAGCAGGCACCAACAAGCCGACUGCUACGAACGAGCACCAGAUUGCUUUCUUUGAGAGCCACUUCACUGAGCUGAAGUACGGUGCUUCCGGCAGCAGUAACACCAACCUGCAGUGGCACGUCGGUGGCGUCUCCAAGUGGGAUGUCGAGCUCGUCGCAGACGAGUGGCACAACGUUGCCUACGAGAUCGAUUUUGAUGCUGGAUCCGUCUCAUUCUACCACUCUACUGGUAGUGAGGCCCUGGCCAAGACUGCUGGUCCCUUCGAUGCCAGCACCUCUUCCAACGGCGCUGACUGGCAUCUUGGUGUCCUUCGUCUGCCUGGCAGCAACGACGCUGCCGGUGCUGAGGAUUGGUUCUUCAGCGGCGUGUACAUUGAGAGCGGAGACCUCACCACGAGCGUCAACACUGCUGGUGGUGCUGCUUCUGGCGACUCAUCGGCCCCUGCUUCUAGCGCUGCCCCUACCUCGUCCAAGGCUGCUGUCGCUUCUUCGGCUGCUGCUACCUCUGCUGCCGCCACAUCUGCAGCCGCUGAGACUCCCGUUGUGUCCUCUGCCGCCGCCGUGUCUUCUGCCACCAAGACUCCUGUUGCCUCUUCCGCUGCUGCAUCUUCCGCCACCGCUGUCGAGUCUAAGCCCCCUGUAGCUUCGUCCACUGCUGCUGCUCCUUCUGCCCCGGCUGAACCUGGCGCGGGCACAGAUCUGCCUACUGAGUUCACUCUGAAGGAACUCAUCGCUUGGGUCAAGGCUAAGAACGGCGAGAACUAA